CUCGACGUCUCACCAUGAAUUACAGGUUUCAAAACCUUCUCGGAGCUCCGUACAGAGGUGGAAACGCCGUCGUUGUCAACAAUACACUUCUUAUAUCACCGGUCGGCAACCGUAUCUCUGUCACAGACCUUGUCAAAUCAGAAACCAUAACUCUCCCAUUUCAAUCCUCCUCAAAUAUUUCCAGAAUCGCCGCAUCUCCUGACGGCGUAUUCCUCCUCGCCAUUGAUGACAACUCCCGCUGCCUCUUUGUCAACCUUCGCCGCCGUGCUGUACUUCAUCGCAUCACCUUUAAGAAGCCUGUGGCAUGCGCGAAAUUCAGCCCUGAUGGUUCGCUCAUUGCUGUGGCUGCCGGGAAAUUGGUUCAGAUAUGGAGGUCGCCGGGGUUCAAGAAGGAGUUUUUCCCGUUCGAGCUUAUUAAAACUUUCGCUAACUGUAAUGAUAAAGUUACUACACUUGAUUGGAGUCCUGAUUCAGAUUAUUUGCUGGCUGGUUCGAAGGAUUUGACGGUUAGGCUUUUUUGUUUGAAGAAAUUAAGUGGUUUGCAUAAACCUUUUAUGUUUUUAGGUCAUAGAGAUAUAAUUGUUGGUGCAUUUUUUGGUGUUGAGAAGAAAACGAAUCAAGUUUCUAGGGUUUACACUAUAUCACGUGAUGGGGCAAUUUUCAGCUUUAAUCAUAACGGGAAAGAUGAAAAACUUGAUGAACCUCCUUCGCCUGGCACUCCUGAGCAAAGUAUGGAAGGGGAUGAAAUCAGUAAUGUGAAGAAAAGAAAGACUUUGGAGGCUGAUUUUGAUGAAGAAAGUUCGUCUUUGUUGCAUAAAGGAAAGUGGGAGUUGGUUAAGAAGGACUUCUUUAUGCAAGCCCCUGCAAGGUUAACAGCCUGCGAUUAUCACAGAGGCUUGGAGAUUGUGGUGGUUGGGUUUUCAAAUGGUGUUUUUGGGCUCUAUCAGAUGCCUGAUUUUGUGUGCAUACACUUGUUGUCUAUAUCUAGAGAGAAGAUCACGACUGCUACUUUUAAUGAACUUGGAAAUUGGUUAACAUUUGGGUGUGCAAGACUUGGACAAUUACUUGUUUGGGAGUGGAAGUCUGAGAGUUACAUAUUGAAGCAACAGGGACAUUACUUUGAUGUCAAUACUGUUGCAUAUUCACCUGAUUCACAGCUCUUAGCUACUGGUGCAGAUGAUAAUAAAAUCAAGGUUUGGACAGUUUCAUCAGGCUUCUGUUUUGUGACUUUCUCUGAGCAUACAAACGCAGUUACUGCACUCCAUUUCAUGGCUAGCAACCACUGCUUGCUGAGUGCAUCCCUAGAUGGCACUGUUCGUGCAUGGGAUCUGUUCCGUUAUCGCAAUUUUAGGACAUUCACCACCCCAUCUUCUAGACAGUUUGUUUCCUUAGCGUCAGAUCAAAGUGGCGAAGUGAUUUGUGCUGGAACCCUUGAUUCAUUUGAGAUCUUUGUUUGGUCUAUGAAGACGGGCCGAUUGUUGGAUGUCCUUAGUGGUCAUGAAGGUCCAGUUCAUGGAUUGAUGUUUUCUCCUACAGGCGCAGUUCUGGCUUCAUCUUCAUGGGACAGAUCCGUUCGCUUGUGGGAUGUUUUUGAUGGAAAAGGUUCGGUUGAAACAUUUCCUCAUACUCACGACGUUCUUACAGUUGUUUAUCGUCCAGAUGGUAAGCAAUUGGCUUGCAGCACAUUGGAUGGGCAAAUUCACUUCUGGGAUCCCAUUGAUGGCCUGUUAAUGUACACUAUUGAGGGGCGUCGAGAUAUUGCUGGAGGUCGCUUGAUGACUGAUCGUAGAUCAGCAGCCAACUCUACUUCGGGAAAGUGCUUCACAACAUUGUGUUAUUCUGCCGAUGGGAAUUACAUAUUAGCUGGAGGAAGUAGUAAAUACAUCUGUAUGUAUGAUGUUGCUGAUCAGGUAUUGCUCCGGAGAUUCCAAAUAACCCUCAAUCUAUCUUUGGAUGGAGUUCUUGAUGUAUUGAAUUCGAAGAACAUGACUGAUGCUGGUCCUCUGAAUCUAAUCGAUGAUGAUAACAGCGAUAUAGAAGACGGUGUUGAUAAACAAACACGAGUUAAGUCGAGUUAUGAUCUGCCAGGAUCAAUGCCUAAUCGUGGAAGACCUAUCGUUCGAACAAAGUGCCUAAGAAUCGCGCCCACAGGUCGUAGCUGGGCAGCUGCAACAACCGAAGGGGUUUUAAUUUACUCGAUGGAUGAUAAUUUUAUAUUUGAUCCCACAGAUCUUGACAUAGAUGUCACACCAGAGGCAGUUGAAGCGGCCAUUGGUGAAGAUCAGCCAAGCAGAGCUUUAAUCCUUAGUUUACGUUUAAAUGAAGAUGCUUUAAUUAAGCGAUGCAUCAUUUCUGUUGCACCUGCAGAGAUAAGAGCUGUUGUUGCAUCGAUCCCCUUCAAAUAUUUAAAUAGAUUGAUUCAGGCUUUUGCGGAGCUUCUGGAAAAUUGCCCUCAUUUGGAAUUUGUUCUUCGAUGGUGUCAGGAGCUGUCUAAAUGUCAUGGUCACUCGAUUCAGCAAAACUCGAGAAAUUUACUUCCUUCUCUCAAGUCGUUACAGAAGGCGAUUACGAGGUUACAUCAAGAUUUAGGUGAUACGUGUGCCUCGAAUGAGUACUUGCUUCGAUACCUAUGCUCCACAAGCUCCAAGCCAUGAAUACACACAAUUAUAGUUGUUGAAGGAAGAGUUGGAAUUUUGUAAUGGCAAUUUUGUAACAAAUGUGCUUACGGAUACCCUUUUUGUUAUUUUUUUGCUUAUAAAAUGCACUUCUUGAAUGGGUUUUCAUCGGCUUCAAAAGUCGUUU